GAUCUAGAGAGAUGGAACAAGAACUCGAGAACCUCAUCAAGGUUUGGUUUUCUGCAAUCAUCUCAGUAUCUUAUUGUUACUACAUAUCAACCAGAAUCAAAGCUGGAGUAUUCCGUUUACUCUCUGUUCUUCCAGUUUGUGUUCUGUUUCUCCUUCUACCUCUGUUUUUCUCCUCUGUUCACUUCUCUGAAUCGACAGCGUUCUUCCUCACAUGGCUCGCCAAUUUCAAACUCAUCCUCUUCUCUUUCGACAAAGGUCCUCUUUACCCACUUCCCCAAACCCUCUCCCGGUUCAUCUACUUCACUUGCUUCCCCAUCAAGCCUCAACAAAGCCCUAAGUCUCAUGACCAGAUCCCUAAAUGGGUUUUCGCCAUUAAAGUUGUUGUAUUUGGUGUGUUGUUACGUAUGUAUGAUUACAAACAACACUUGUCUCCGACUAUGCUGUUGGUUAUGUACUCUCUGCAUAUAUAUUUGGAACUUGAGAUUGUCUUAAUGCUCGUCAAAGUCUUGGUCUUGAUUACUCUUGGAUGCGAUCUAGAGCCACAGUCCAAUGAGCCAUACUUAGCCACUUCCCUUCAAGAUUUCUGGGGUCGCCGGUGGAACCUCAUGGUCCCGGCGAUCCUCCGGCCAGCUGUUUACAACCCGGUGCAGCGAAUAGCCGAAAGGACAAUGAGCUCUGAUCAGGCUAGGUUUUUGGCGGUUUUUGCGACGUUCAUUGUCUCCGGUGCAGUUCACGAGCUGAUCUUCUUUUAUGUCACCCACGAGAUGCCUACAGGAGAGGUCACUUGGUUCUUUCUGUUGCAUGGAGUUUGCACGGCGGCGGAAGUAGCGGUGAAGAAGAUGACGUUUGUGCGGCGUUGGACGUUGGGUCCUAUGGCUUCACGACUGCUCACGGUAGGGUUUGUAGUUUUGACGAGUGGUUGGUUGUUUUUCCCACCUCUUAUAAGAAAUGGCAUGUUUGUUAGACUCCCUAACGAAGCUUUGUUGUUCAUUGAUUUUGUCAAGGACAAGUUUUUUACUUUUAUGUCAUGA